AUGAAUAAAUUGAAUAUGAAUGAGAAUGAUGUUGUUAUUAAAAAUUGGUACACUUCAAUUAUUCAUCAAAUUUCAGUCUAUGGUGUUGCUGCUGGUUACUGUUUAUCUGCAUCUUUACUGUCAAUCAUCAACAAAUGGGCUGUCAUGAAAUUCCCUUACCCGGGAGCUCUUACCGCUUUGCAGUACUUCACUAGUGCUGCCGGAGUUUUACUCUGUGGUUGGCUUAAGCUUGUCGAACAUGACAAGCUUAACCUGAUCACAAUGUGGCGGUUUUUCCCCGCCGCUGUGAUUUUUUAUCUGUCUCUUUUCACCAACAGUGAGUUGCUGUUACAUGCCAAUGUAGACACAUUCAUUGUCUUCCGAUCCGCCGUCCCAAUUUUCGUCGCCGUCGGGGAGUCCAUGUUUUUGCACCGGCCAUGGCCGACUUUAAAAACAUGGACUUCCUUGGCUACAAUCUUUGCCGGAAGUCUGCUUUACGUUGCAACUGAUUAUCAGUUUACAUUCACGGCUUACACGUGGGCGGUAGCGUAUUUGGUUAGCAUGACGAUAGAUUUCGUUUACAUAAAGCAUGUGAUUAACACUAUAGAAUUGAACACUUGGGGUCUCGUGUUGUAUAACAACAUCGAGGCUCUUAUGCUUUUUCCAUUGGAAUUGUUCAUAAUGAACGAGUUCAAGAAAUUACAGGAAGAGAUCAAUGAUGAGUCUGAUUGGCGCUCUUUUCCGGUGGUUUUUCCGGUGGCGCUGUCGUGUUUGUUCGGGCUUGCGAUCUCGUUCUUUGGAUUUUCGUGCCGGAGGGCUAUUUCUGCAACUGGAUUUACUGUUCUUGGUAUAGUGAACAAGUUGUUGACAGUUAUGGUGAAUUUGGUUAUAUGGGAUAAGCACUCGACGUGGGCUGGUACGUUGGGUCUUUUGAUUUGUAUGGUAGGUGGGGUUUUGUAUCAGCAAUCAACUAGUAAACCGAAAGAAACGGAUCAAAAGAAUCCAGUUGAUGCAGAAGCUAAGUGA